ACAAUAUGACAAUUGCAACCUCCAUAUUCACUUUCACGUUCCUCCCUCUCUUCCUCCUAUUGUCAUCAACCUUCACUCCUAUAACUGCCAACAAUCUCAUCUCUGAAACCUGCAAGAAAGCUGCUCAGAAUGACCCCAACCUGAGCUACAAGUUCUGCCUGACUUCUCUCCAAGCCGCCCCAAACAGCCCCGGUGCCGAUCUCCGGCAACUCGGCCUCAUCUCAAUGAAGCUAGUCCAGCACAACGUAACCAACACAAGCCGCUACAUCAAGCACCUUCUCAAGAACAAGCAGCUGGACAAGUUCGUAAGGGCGAGUUUGUAUGACUGUUUGGAUCUUUACACAGACGCCAGACCCACCAUCAAGCAAGCCAUCAAGAAUUACAAGAUGAAGCACAACGAAGACGCCAAUAUCCUGGUAAGUUCGAUCGUCGAUGCCUCCACGACUUGCGAAGAUGGAUUCGAGGAGAGACACUUGGUUUCCCCAUUAACGAAGAGGAACAAUGAGACGUUUCAGCUGUGUAUUAUAGCACUUUCGAUUAUCAAUAUGGUCAGUUCGUCGUUAUAUUAAAUAAAGAGGGGAUAAUUUGUAUGCAUGGCUGGCUCUUCUUCAUGAAUUUGUAAUCUUGUUUGAUUCUUGUUUGUAAGGUUGUUCUGAUCGAACUCUGCUAGCUGUAACUGCUGUAACGUGAACAAAACCUGGUUAAUCAUAGAAA